CAACAAAAAAUAGAUAUAGAAGCAAAGCUAGUGCAAGAGAGACUAACCUAAAAAGUAUCGUCUCUCUUCACAAUUUCCUCUGCAGCAGACCUUGUUCACUUUUAGAAUUUCUUAGGCUGUGCCGCUCUCUUCACGUCUUCUCUCUUAGUCCUCUGAACAAAAGUUCAGGUUUCAAACCACCACAGAUUUAAAAGCCCCACCACAUUUUUGCAGCAUAUGGUCUCGGUUUCCCACCAGGUCUUUGCCAUAUUGCUGGUGCUGUGAGCCAUCUCAGUGAUGGUAGGCGGGGAAUGCUACUUCAGAAGAUUUGGGGUUGAAGUCAAUCCACCAUAAAUAGAGACCAUUUAGUCCUUGUUGCCCCAACACCACAUGACAUUUGCAUUAGCUCAUCAACUGAACACUAAUGCACGUUCAUGCUUCUAUAAAGACACACAGAAACAAAGCUGAUUCCUCAACAACACCCAAAGAGACUUAAACAAGGCAACAAGAUGCUUUCAAACUCUUCAGUUUUUUCCCUGCUUCUUUUUAUGUUAUUAUCAUCUUCAUUGGCAAAACCAUUAUCUUCAAAACAGAAUAGUUUUAUCCAAUGCCUCUCCUAUCAUUCUAAGGCUUCUAUACCAUUCUCCCGUACAUUUUUCACUCCAGGCAGUUCUGCAUUCACUACCGUCCUAAACUCAACUGCACAAAACCUCAGGUAUUUGGACCCUUCAAAACCCAAGCCAGAGUUCAUUUUCACACCCACACAUGACUCCGAAGUUCAAACUGCUGUUGUUUGUUCAAAACAGCUUGGAAUACAUCUCAGGGUCCGAAGUGGAGGGCAUGAUUAUGAAGCUCUCUCAUAUGUGUCCCAAAUUGAAAAACCUUUCAUUAUUCUAGACCUUGCCAAGCUUCGAUCAGUUAAUGUUGAUAUACGAGCCAAUAGCGCAUGGAUUCAAGCUGGAGUCACAAUUGGUGAAGUUUACUACAGAAUUGCACAGAAAAGCAGAAACCACGGCUUCCCAGCUGGUCUUUGUACAAGUUUGGGUGUGGGAGGCCAUAUAACUGGUGGUGCAUAUGGUUCAAUGAUGAGGAAAUAUGGCCUUGCAGCUGAUAACGUCCUGGAUGCCAGAAUAGUGGAUGACAACGGCAGAAUUCUUGACCGCAAGGCCAUGGGAGAAGACCUGUUUUGGGCAAUUAGAGGUGGUGGAGGAGGAAGCUUUGGAAUCAUCUUGUGGUGGAAGAUAAAAUUGGUUCCUGUUCCAUCAACUGUGACAGUAUUUACAGUUGCCAGGACCUUGGAACAAGGUGCCACAAAGCUUCUCUAUAGAUGGCAACAAGUAGCUGCUACUAAGCUUGAUAAAGAUCUCUUUAUCAGAGUUUUGAUGCAGCCAACAGUAGUUGACAGCAAAAGCGGCAAGAGAACAGUCAUAACUCUUUACCAAGGUCAAUUCCUUGGAGGUGUUAAAAGGCUCCUCACUGUUAUGCAAACACAGUUCCCUGAGCUAAAUUUGACAAGAAAGGAUUGUACACAAACAACUUGGCUCAACUCGGUGAUGUAUAUAGCAGGUUUCCCAACUGGAACUCAGCCUGAGGCUUUACUUCAAGGAAAACCCACAUUCAAGAACUACUUCAAAUCCAAAUCAGACUUUGUCAAAGACCCGAUUCCUGAAACUGGGCUUCAGGGGCUAUGGAAAAGAUUGUUGGAAGAAACCAGUCCCCUGAUUAUUUGGAAUCCAUAUGGGGGAAUGAUGAGCAAAAUUUCGGAGUCAGCAAUACCCUUCCCGCACAGAAAUGUGCUCUUCAAAAUCCAGUAUGUGACUACAUGGCAAGCUGCAAAUGAAAACGAGGCAAAACACAUAAAUUGGAUCAGGAAGCUUUACAACUACAUGACUCCAUAUGUCACAAAAUCCCCAAGGCAAGCAUACGUAAAUUACAGGGAUCUUGAUCUGGGGAUAAACAAGAAAAAGAACGCUAGCAUCACGGAAGCAAGUGCAUGGGGUAACAGAUACUUCAAGGACAACUUUUACAGAUUGAUCAAGAUCAAAACCAAAGUGGAUCCUCAAAACUUCUUCAGGCACGAACAGAGCAUCCCACCUCUUGCUCUCCAGGCAAGAAGCAUCGAAAACUAGUGAUGAUAGUAAAUUAGUAACACCACAGCAAGUCAGCUAAGACUGCGGAGGCUUCUGUUUCUUAGUUCCCCAUUUCCUUAAAUAAAAUCCCUUUGGCAAGAUAGCAAGAGUAGCCAAAAUGUAGGAUGAGUAGCGACUAACUACUCACCAAGCGCAAUGCCUUGGCAUCCAAUUUUCAGCUAGUCUUGAAAUAUUGUCCGAAUAAUUGUUAUUUCAAGAGUAAAGUU